GCAGCGUCCCGAGCGGUGGCCGGAGCCAUGAGGAGGAUCGAGCCCCGAGCCGCGGAGCUAGAGCACGGCGGGCUGCUGCACUUGCCGCCGGGAGCUCUGCGCGCACUGCCCGCUUCUUUUGCUGCUUCUCGCUCCGGAGGUGAAUAGAGGGGAGACGCACCCUACUCGCGCUGGACUCCGACGCUGAUACGCUCCAGCGGCGGCCUGGCUCCUGGUGGGCAGCGGAGCGUCCCCUCGGGGAUGCACAGGGAAGGUCGGAUCGCACGCCAAGCCUCUGGGAACGUUCCUUCCGUGAUGCCGCUGUAAAGGCCGAGUGUAGCGGGGACCCGCUCUCUAGCAAGGAGGGAUGACUUAGACCCUGGCUCUGCAGCCUGGGCGUCGCGACAGAGGGGAGUGGCCCGACCGGAAGGUCCCUGGCGUCGCCGAGCCAUAACUUCUUUGGGGGAGACCUACGUCCUCUAGAGACAUCACCUCCACCCAGGGCAGUGCCAUGUGGGGCGGACGCGGCUCAGCCACCACUUCUUCUGGGCACCGCGCGUCGCUGCUGCAGCUGCUGCUGGCCGCGCUGCUGGCGGCGGGGGCGUGGGCCAGCGGCGAGUACUGCCACGGCUGGCUGGACGCGCAGGGCGUCUGGCGCAUCGGCUUCCAGUGCCCCGAGCGCUUCGACGGCGGCGACGCCACCAUCUGCUGCGGCAGCUGUGCGCUGCGCUACUGCUGCUCCAGCGCCGAGGCGCGCCUGGACCAAGGAGGCUGCGACAACGACCGCCAGCAAGGUGUGGGGGAGCCAGGCCGGACAGACAGAGAAGGCCCAGACAGCUCGGCAGUCCCCAUAUACGUGCCGUUUCUCAUCGUCGGCUCUGUGUUUGUGGCCUUCAUCAUCCUGGGGUCCCUCGUAGCCGCCUGCUGUUGCAGAUGUCUGCGGCCCAAGCAGGAUCCGCAGCAGAGCAGAGCCCCAGCGGGCAACCGCCUGAUGGAGACCAUCCCCAUGAUCCCCAGUGCCAGCACUUCCCGGGGGUCAUCGUCCCGGCAGUCCAGCACAGCUGCCAGCUCCAGCUCCAGUGCCAACUCGGGGGCCCGGGCUCCCCCAACAAGGUCGCAGACCAACUGCUGCUUGCCCGAGGGAACCAUGAACAACGUGUACGUCAACAUGCCCACAAAUUUCUCUGUACUUAACUGUCAGCAGGCCACCCAGAUCGUACCCCAUCAAGGGCAGUACCUGCACACCCCGUAUGUGGGGUAUGCGGUCCAACAUGACUCUGUGCCCAUGACGCCAGUGCCCCCGUUCAUGGAUGGCCUGCAGCCCGGCUACAGACAAGUCCAGCCCUCCUUUGCCCACAAUAACAGUGAACAGAAGAUGUACCCUGCCGUGACUGUAUAGCUUGCAGGUCACCAAGUAGACUCCUUUAUGAGCAAAACAAGGGCCAGACUCUUGUGCAGGAAGUGUGCUCAAGUUGGUGGUUUUCAUCGAUGUUCUCCUGGAUGACUUCAUUUGCCUCUAACCUGUAAGGGGAUGUCUCCAGAACAGCGUUUCUGUGCGUGUUUCCUGAUUCAUAAUGGAGAAACACAGGCCCUGGAGUCGCCACCUGUGUCCUCAAGUAUGUGACAAAUGCUUGAGCCCCUAAGUGCCCUUGAGGUGUGGCUGCCAGAGUCAGAGGUUGCAUGAUGUCAUUAUUUCUGUUUGUCUCAGCUGCACAGGAGAACACCUGUUACCUCCCCUUUGCCUGGGCUGUUUUUUAAAUCAGUGUUCAAGACUGAGAGGAGAUGUAAAUAAUAUAAUUAUUAUGAAAAGAAGCCGGACACCAGUCAACGGCCUCAGUCCUCCAGAGGCAUGUCUUAAUUUCAUUGUAAAAGAUAUAGUUUGUCUAUUUUUAUGCUUUGGGGGGAGGGGAGGCUAUUUUGUGCUUUUUUUUUUGAUAACUGUGUGUCAAGAUCUUAUUAUGAAGUGAUUUUCUAUGUUAAAGAGAUGAAAAGAAAACGUACCUAUCUAAAGAAGACAUUCGUUGGGAAUUCUAGGAGUGGAGGGGCAUAUGAGACCAUUCGCCCCUUUUCAACGGAGCCUUUUUAUUUCCUGGCUCUACAGUGGCACCCAAGAAGUAAUUUGAUGCUUUUUUUUUUUUUUUUUUAUUGAAAUCAUGAGCUAUUACCUGCUCUGCUCCAAGUUACUUCUAACUUUGCCACUUGAUGUGGCCUGGGGCUUCCUUUUGGUCUGCUCGGUUUGGAUUUCCUUGUCUAAAUAAUACCAAGAGCAGGGAAUUCGAUGUGUGGAUGAAGAUCAGUAAAAAAUGCAAAGAAAGGUACACAGCCAUCAUGAGGACCUCAGACAUGAACCACUUUGCGAAUCAGAAGGCUUUUUUAUACUCUUGUUAUCAGAAUGGUCUAUUUUUCCAGCAGCAGGAGGAGCUCUGAAAUCCAGAGAAAAGUUCUCCAAGGAGACAUGACUCUUGGGUCUCUUCUCCCAGUCUUCAGCAAACUCUGCAACCACUGUCGACAUUUUAAGUUAUCAAAUUCAAGUGAAUUUGUAUGUUGAUUACUUAUGAAAAAAGUUUAAAUAUGUAAAAGUAAAUUUUCAACUGCUAGCAAAGCCAAAUUUUGUUAAAUAACUGUGACGUUUGGUCUUCUAUACAUUCUACCCACAGCAUCUUUCAUCUAGUCUUCUGGUCAUCUGUCCAUCGUCUUAUGAUGUUAGUAACAAUGUUACAUUAUUGUUGGCAACUGGUAUCAACAGAGAUAGGAAUCAAAGAUUUUUAAUAACCAAAGCAGGAGAAAAUCAUUUUAAAUUUUUAAUAAAUAUUUUAUGGUGUGA